CCCACGCGCUCCUCCGUGGAAACCCAGAGACUUUCGACACUGGAUUAAAACUUUGAAUGAGGUCUUAGAAGCAACCGAUGCUCCUGUAGUCCUAGUCCGUCGGUCGGUCGGUGGUGGUGUUCAGAGUAUCUGUGGCUUUGUGUGCGGGUGAUUCUCCGAAACAUAAAUCAAAAAUUUAAUCGCCAAAUUGCAGUUUCCCAUAGUUUCGUCGCUAUUUCCGGUUAAUUAAGUGUACGCCAGUUUAGCACUUCUUCGCGACGGGAAGCGGAAGUCUAGCUAGUGGCCAUGGUGAAGGUGUUGCUGGAACACUAAGCUCGCAGCGGAAAUCGGGGAUGUGUUGGGACCUAUGAUGCCCCGACUCCGGCUUAAGCACACAAAUCCGUCGUAAUGCAGCGCUGAGGCCAGCGGAACAAGCAAAUAGAAGCCAUCGCACUUCAGGGCCAACGCAGGAACAAACGCAGGACAAGGGUGCUCCGCUUGACGACUAGCGAUUUCCAAACAAGAGACGUCGACAAAGCAACCAGCGACAUGGCGGACCUGGAGCGCAUCCGCCUCGUCCUUCUGGGCGGCGCCGGCGUGGGCAAGAGCUCCAUUGUGAAGCGCUUCCUGUUCAAAACCUACACGGACAAAUAUCGCGCCACUGUCGAGGAUCUCUACAACCGCGAGUACGACCUGGGAGGCGUCACACUGAAGGUGGACAUCUUGGACACGUCGGGUGACAUGCAGUUCCCGGCCAUGCGGCGCCUGUCCAUCGCAACGGCCCACGCGUUCAUGCUCGUCUACGCGUCCACAUCCGCGCCCAGCUUCCAGUGUGUGAAGCAGUGCUUCGAGGAGAUCCGCGAGCAGCGCGCCGACUUCCAGGACAUACCCAUUGUGAUCGCCGGGAACAAGGCCGACCUGGCCACCACCCACAGAGAGGUCAAGCUGGAGGAGGUCACCGACUGGGUCUUCUGCGAGCUGCCGCGCUUACGGGCGAAAGUGCUGGAGUGCUCGGCAAAGGAGGACAGCAAUGUGACGGACCUCUUCAAGUCCCUGCUCUCCCUGUCCCGCUUCCUGCCCGCCAGCAGUAGUGGGAGCGGGGGCAGCGGGGGCGGCGGCGAGGCGGCGCCCAGCGGUUUCAAGCGGCGCUCAUCGGCCUACGUCAGCGCAUCGUCCAGUCGCAAUAAAAAUCGGAUGAACAGCCCCGCCCUGGGAGGCGCCGGCGGCAGUGGCGACAAGAAGGGCUCCGGCCUCGUGGACGCCGUCGAUGUGGCCACCACCAGUGCGGAGGCCAAGCUGAAGCCGCGUUCCAGAUCGCUCAUACGCCGCGCAUCACGCAAGACCAAGCAGCAAAUCAACAACGCAUCCGAUGACUGCAACGUGCAGUAAAGCAUUAUUUUGGCCGCCAGCGCCGCGUUUAAUUAUGUAUUUUAGUUAUUAUGGUUGCCACAAUGAGAAUUAAUAAUGGACGGCAGUUAAUUAGCGUGCAUAAACAAGUGGCGCCGUAUUUAUUUUCGGUGCACUGAGCUGAACACGCUGAUAAAGCUACCGAACUCACAAAAACCACUUGCUCAAGGGUAGAACAAUUUCGAUGAAUUUGCCACUCUGUAAAACCAUUUAUAGUUUGUAACUAGAGCUUCAAAACGAUGCCGUCAUGACACUGGCCUGAGAUUAUAAAUAUUUCGUAAGCUACUUUGAGUAGGUUAAUUUAUAUUUGAGUAUAAAUAGAUUUCAUAGCUUCUAAGCCAUGAGAAAUCCAUACAGCAGGCGAAACAUAACUCAUUCAUAUAUCAACAGCAAACAAUUAUGAUUCUAUUGAUCCAGUGUCAUAGCGGCAUAAUAGAUAACCGAUUAUUCCGACAUUGAGCUGACUUGCGAGGCAUUGCGCACACAAAACGAUUUGAGUUUCGCUUUAUAGGGUCGGAGGGGACCAGGUUAAUUUAAAUUUGAAUUUAAUUUUGAUUUCUCCCAUGGGAGAAGGGAGUUUAAAGACUCGCAGAAGGACUCGAUAAAGGAGUUCCUUUUGAUGGCAAAAUAAUAGCUCAGUCGCGUUGUUCGUGGUUUUUCGAGUACGGAAUACAAAGUAAAUGCGUUUUCGACUGGCUGAUUGUCAUAAUAUUGUGACAGGUGCCAUAGCCCUAAGGUACAUUCUAGGAUACUAAUUUAUGAAUCUCUAUCUGCACCCUUAGCCAACACCAUGGUUAAUAUUUGAACCUACAGUAUACACAUCUACUUAUGUAUUAAUACAGCCCCGAUAUGAAUGUUUAUAUUGGCUUGGGCAGAACUCGUUCGUUUCGCAUCUGCAGUAAAACGCAGCACGGAAUCGCAACUUUUGCACAAGUAAGGCAUUUUCGCGGCAUUCUCCUCGGUUCCAGCCACGUAAAAUAACAAGAACUUUAGCAGAGAGCGCAGAACCAUUUACUAUGAAAAAAACGUAAUUGUAAAAUAAAUUUGAUGGGGAGGGAGGGUCCCGAAUGCUUAUGCUUGUCAAGGAUAAUACAGGGUGAACUUCUUAUGCCAAAAUGCCAAAUCAAAUUGCCCACAAUGCACAUCCUGUUCGCAGGAGGCUUAGAGCGGAAGAUAGUAAUCGAUAAAUCUGUUUUUAAUACGAAACUUGUAUCCUUUGGCACAAGCUACACUUGCAGCUGUGUGAGUGGUGAGUGGUGGGUGGUGGGUGAGUGGUGCGUGGGUGUGUUCGUCAGUGUGUGAUAAGAGUCCUUUGUGUUUGUUAACCGGAAUGUGCUUAGCAAUAAGAUUUAUUUAAAAGACUACUUUUAGGCGGUGUACUGAGUACGGGGGGGUGGUUAUUUAAAGGAUCUGUAAAUGGAUGAAAUACGGCAUAUGCAAAGUGAAUUGUGAUUAAACAAAAUACUCGUUACAUCUAGACGCACGUGUGUUUUGCACUGUGUGCGAGCUGAAAAAUGAAUGCAAACAAUGCACACAGUGCUUGCAGUAAUGGAUUCGAACUACUGUAAACAACUGGGAACAGGGUCAGAUACCAAAAUAGUAUUGUAUUCGUCCAUGGAGGAUUGUAGUUAUACAUAUGUGCGGCAUUAUAAACCGCUUACAGUACACAUACGAUACAUAGCAUAGUCAGUACCUAAACAUGUUUUGUGUGAAAAGUUUGGAUGUUUGUUUUAUAAGUAAUACGUUUACACAUUGUUACUAGGUGUAGUUAUUGACAACAAAUCUGCAGAGUCCAACGCAUUCGAUCUCCGAUCUCCGACCAGUCGGAACCACUCGCGUAUAUCAAGAACCAAUGGGAACAUAAGGGUGUGGAGGUUUCCACCCUGUCGACGAGGGACCGCGAGAUGCUAGAUAUCUUAUUCGACCUACCCGAUUUUAAAUACAUAUUCGUCUACGUAGUUCAAACGUUCCACCAACCGGGAGGACCGCACUUACCUACUCUACAGAAUCGAAAGAUCAUAACCCAUGGACUAAACAUAGUCUGGGGAAACCAAAAUUAACUCUCUAAGUGUGCGUAUGUGUGUCAUGUACUUGUAACUAAUUGAAUUUCAAUUCAAAUUGAAUUAUUGACAAUUGUAUUAGCCAGUUAAAAUAAACCACAAUGCGUC